CCUCCCUCCGCUUCGGGACCCCAGAGGGUGAAGCGCCCGCCGUCGACUUGCUGAUAACCGUGCCAUCGCCGGUGAUUACCGAUUUCUGCACCCGCGGAGAAGCACUCCGGACAAAGUUCGAUAUCUGGGCAGUCAGUACAGCGAAGCCGCAGAUUCGUAACGUCUGCAAGGCAGUUUACGCAGUACUUCUUUCCUAGGUCGGCCAUGUUGCUGGCUUCUGCUUGUUGUUGGAAGCAGCAGUGCCGCGGAGGGAGGGCUUGCGUACAGUGUCUCUGGUCAGACUACUGCGUCUCAUUAAUAUUAACGAACUUGGCGCAAACACAUGUGAUUGGCUUACAUUCCCAGUUUCCAGGACAACUCAAAACACAAAUGGUUUCAUUAACGAACAGUUGCUUAUGUGUGAAGUUCUCGUUUAGGAUUUCUUGACCUCGUUUUAUCCUAGAAAACACAUAUCUGUCUUGAUAUAUUUGAAUGUUGCCUUACAACCGGGGACUUGAUUGACACACGUGAUUUUCUAGCUUGUUUUUAGCCAGAAAUACUUAAACUAAAUUACCAUUCUCAUGGAUGGGAAUGCAGAGCAGAAAGAGAAUGACCCUGGGUCCAAUCCCAGCACUGAAAACACAGAGCUGAAGAACGAUGAGCAACUCCAGCAUACACCAGCUGAAGAGCCCUCAGAAGAGGGCAAAUCCACUAAUGCUGAUUACAGUAAGAAUAAAGCUGACACGGCUGCAGAUGAGGCUGAGGAGGUGGUAGCAGUGGAGCAGAGUGGGCAAGAGUCUGAAAAAGCUUCACCAGAUACUGCAGGGGAACAGGCAACAGAGGAUAUCUCAGCUGAGACAGAGGGAGGGAACCCAGCCGCUUCUGAACCAGUAGAGGGCGCUGGAGAUGAGUCACCCACAGGAGCCAACCUACCAACAAGUGAGACAUUCGAAGAGGAAGAGGGCCCGGAGAUGAAGCCUCUAAUAGGGGAGCCUCUCUCCCGCGAGGGGAGCCUCACACUCGAAGAUGUCUACAACAACAACGAUGAUGAAGACGGACCGCCAAAACUAGACCCAGGGACUCCCGAAAGGGAGAGUUCCGUGCAGGUUGAGGAAAAGGGUCCCUCUCUAACCAAAGAGACGGGCCCCAGCAUCGACUACAAAGAAUACAUGAACUUCCUUUAUGAGUUGCAGGCGGAGAAGGACAAACUGAGCCAGGUCAAUGGUCAGCUCCAGAUCAAGCUGGUGGAGUACUUCCGCAAGAAGACAGGUGAUGACGCACGUCCUGAGAAGGAGAAAGCCGUGUCGGACCAGGAGCAGCGCUACCAGAAGUACAUGGCCAUCAUGGAGGACCUGAAGUGGCAGCACCGGCUGGACUCAGAGGCAGCCCAGCAGCAGGCAGAGGAGCUGAGGCAGCAGAGCCAGGAGAAGCUGGGCCUACUAGAGACCGAGUGGAGCGCUUUCAUGGCACUGAAGCACGACGUGGCCGUGACGGCCCUGAGCCGGCGCCUUGGGAAACAGGCGGCGGCGGUCGAGGUAGAGCAGAUCCAGGCGGCCGAGCAGCGGCGCCAGAAAGAGCUGGUCACCGUGCGCCUGGAGAAUAUCAAGCUAAAGAACAAGACACGCAGGUUUGAGGCCACACUGCGGGCCAAGGAGAUGCUCGCUGAGGGCCUGCACCUCAUCGACUUCGAGCAGCUGAAGAUAGAGAACCAGACGUAUAAUGAGAAGAUUGAGGAGCGCAACGAGGAGCUCCUUAAACUGCGCAAGAAGAUCACCAGCACAGUCCAGGUACUAACCCAUGUGAAGGAGAAGCUCCAGUUCGUGCAGAUGGAGAACCAGGCCAAGCGGGCCCAGUUGGCUGAGGUGGAGGUGGUGGUGGCCAGGAAGCGGGAUGUGCUGACCAGGACCAAGCAGGCCAGGGAUGGCCUCCGCAUGGACAACCUGAAGCUGCGCCAGCGCUGCGGCCUGCUGGGCAACGAGACCCUGCUGAGGGACUUUGAGGAGAAGGUGGACGCCUCAGACGACCUGGAGGAGAGGCUGGAGGGGCUGAAGAGGAGGCACACAGAGCUCAUACUGAAGUGUGCCGGGGUCAAGAAGAAACUGGAGCACACCAAACCCUAACCCUAACCCAAACCUUAAUCCUAACCUUAACCCAAACCCUAAUCCUAACCCUAUCCCAAACCUUAAUCCUAACCCAAACCCUAAUCCUAACCCAAACCCUAAACGUAACUCAAACCCUAAUCCUAACCCAUACUGAAGUGUUGAAAUCGAGGAGCGGAGGCGAGGAGAGGAAACGUGUAAACAAUAUGCUUGUAGGAAAUGAGACUCCUUCUCCACUCACGUGUCAUCAGGCAAAGGACAUUUACAGCGGUGGAAUGACAAAAUUAAACGUGUAAAGUAAUAACGCUAGUUGUGCAAGACAUGUUAUAGAUAAAAAAAAUAAGUAGCGUGUUGUUUUUAAAUGUGUGCAUGUAAAAAAACAGCUGAUUCAAAGGGGGAGUGGCAGAUUUCAAAACUCUUCUGCAGAGCAUACACAGAGGAUGCAUUUCAGUAUCCUUCGUGAGAGGAGUUUAGAGGCAGGUAGGAGAGUCUUUGCGAAGUCUGGUGAUGUGAUAAGUGAGGGUAGUAACCAAGGUGACGGAACUCAGAGGCAGAGUUGGAGGCGGUGUCUACUUGGGGCAACUUCACGUCUGGUUGGCUGGGGGUUACUCCUCGGUUCACCUAAUAACAAAUUGACACUCUCCUCGACCACUUAUUGGUUUCCGGGUCACGGAGGAAAGAAGGACUGAGGAGUCGAGGAGAGGACAGACUUUUCCAAUUGAGAAUCUCCCAAGGUCUGUAUGAUCAGUCAGAAGUCACCAACUGGUCGUAGAAGGAAACCAUAUGUAUUAUAAUCAGUAGUCUGUUACUUUAGUGGCUGACAUGUUUUAGUUGUUUUGCAUUUACAAACACCUGAUAAUAUAAUAACAGUUGACACGAAGGAAAUUGUCAUACUCAA